UUUUGUUAUAUAAGAGAGUGGGAGCUGGUUGGAGCUUCACCAUUAUUGUAGAGAUCUAAACUCAACGAAGCCAUACACAUGGGAAGGGCUCCUUGUUGCGACAAAGCAAAUGUGAAAAAGGGGCCAUGGUCACCUGAAGAGGAUACUCAGCUCAAACACUUCAUACAAACCUAUGGGACUGGUGGCAAUUGGAUUUCCCUUCCUCACAAAGCUGGUCUUAAACGGUGCGGGAAGAGUUGCAGAUUGAGAUGGCUGAAUUACCUGAGGCCAAACAUUAAGCAUGGUGAAUUUUCAGCUGAGGAAGAUAGAAUCAUUUGCACUCUCUUCGCCACCAUUGGAAGCCGAUGGUCAAUUAUUGCUGCUCAGCUGCCGGGAAGAACGGACAAUGAUAUCAAAAACUACUGGAACACGAAGCUGAAGAAGAAACUUGUGGGGAUGAUAUCACCUUCUCCCAACACUUAUACUCAAUCUUUAACCCAUCAAAGCACCUCCUUGAGCAUUCCAAACCCAAUGGCUGAACCAUCUUCAUAUUCAUCAUCCACUUGUAAUAUCAUUAAUGGCAGUUUGGUGGGCAACCCUUUUGAGCAGUGGCGCUAUGGAGCCCUUAAAAUGAACGAAAUGCAAAUGGGGUUUGAAUUUGGAAGUGGGUUAGUCACUUCCAGUAAUGGGUUUGAAGAGAAUCAUGGGAAGUUGAUGAGCAACAACGAAAGUGAGGUGUUCUUGAAGAUGGAGGAGGAGGAGGAGAAGAAGAUCAAGAGAGAAAUGGAAGAGAAGUACUUUUAUUACUACUGAUGAGGGUUUGUUUAUGAUUUUAAUUUGGUUUAAUUUGUUUUAGGGAAUUUAUGAAUUUCAUGUUAUGUUGUCCAAU